AUGGCGCAUCAAAUGCCUAUGGAGACCCAGCAGGAACUGCGGCGCCUGCCGGGAAACAACCGCUGUGUGGACUGUGAUGCGCCGUACCCGCAAUGGGCUACGGUCUCUUACGGUACCUUCAUGUGUCUCGAGUGCUCGGGCCGCCACCGCGGACUGGGCGUACACAUCUCGUUCGUGCGGUCAGUUACCAUGGACUCGUGGACGGACAAGCAGGUGCUACAGAUGCAGAAGGGUGGCAACGACACGUUCCGUGCUGCCUUCUCCGCUGCGGGUGUCCCCACGGACCUUUCCAUCAGCGAGAAGUACAACACACCGCAAGCUGAGGCCUAUCGCCAGCGACUAACAGCAAUCGUUGAGGGACGCUCGCCGCCGUCGCUCCCGCAGUGGGACCCGAGCAUGCGUAAGCCAGCUUCAUCCUCUUUCUCGUCGGCCUCAUAUUCUGGAGGAGGCUCUGCUGGAGGUGACACCCGUGGUGUGGAAGCGCUCAAGGGAGAGUCAGAGCAGGAUUACGUUGCUCGCCAGAUGAAACUACGUGAGGAAGCUCGUGCCCGCAUGGCCGCCAAGUUCGGUGGAAAUGGCAUGCAGGGCAUUGGAAGCGGCGGGGAAACGCGCGCGCCACAGACCUCGUCUGGCGGAUUGGGAGACCUCUCGGGCGCCUUUAGCUAUUUUACCAGUACGGUCACAACAGCCGCCAGCUCAGCUGCCAGUCUCGUCAAGGACCAAGAUCUGGGAUCCAAGGUGUCAACUGGCUGGUCCUACGUUCAGAGUGCAAUUCACGACCCAGCGUUAUCAGAUAAUGUCAAGUCCUCGGCCACUUCGGGCUGGUCCAUGCUUUCCAGUGGCGCGUCAUCCCUGUUGCAAACCGCACAGAGCGCAGUGCAUGGAGGUGGCAAUUCGUACGGAAAUUCUGACGGAAUGAGCUCAUUUCCUCGCACCAAUGCCGAGCUGUCGACCUCUGGCAAGUACGCUGGCAUCGGUAGCGGCAACAGCAACACGAGCUCAUCAAGCCGUGAUCACGAUAAUGACUCGUGGUUGGACUCGCAGCUGAGCAGCAGCAACAACAGUAGCUUCGACACACCAACACAGCAACCCAAGCCUGCUCAGACUACCGAUUUGUUUGGAUCCUCGUCGUCCAGUGCUAACGGCAGCAGUCACGACCUUCUCGGACUCUCCGCAUCGUCCGUAACGUCGGCCAAUAGCAGCAAUAGCUCGACUGCUGCUGCCUCCGCCCCUGUUGCCACUGCUCCCCCUCCGGCACCUGUCGAAAAGAAGGAGAAGCCCAAGAAGGAUGUUGAUUUCUUCGGCGAGUUUGGUUUCUAA